AUGUCGCCUAAAGAGCCUCAAAGUGCCGUGCCUGCCCACAGCAAGGGCUCGUGGACUAGUUUCCUCAAGUCCAUCGCCUCCUUCAACGGAGAUCUUUCUUCUCUGACAGCUCCUCCCUUCAUUCUGUCCUCCACCUCCCUCGUCGAGUACUCUGCCUACUGGGCCGAACAUCCCGCCGUGUUCGUGGCUCCCGCCAAGGAGUCCGAUCCGGAGAAGCGGGCCCUCCUCGUCCUCAAGUGGUUCCUGACCACUCUCCACCAGCAAUAUUGCAGCCGUAGUGAGAAGCUGGGUAGCGAGAAGAAGCCUCUGAAUCCUUUCCUUGGUGAACUGUUCAUCGGUAAGUGGCAGGGUGAUGCCGAGACAGGCGAGACACAGUUGGUCAGUGAGCAGGUCAGCCACCACCCUCCCGCUACCGCAUAUGCGAUCUCAAACGAGAAGAAUGGCGUCGAGCUCCAAGGAUACAACGCCCAGAAGGCUUCCUUCUCCAGCACCAUCCAGGUGAAGCAGAUCGGACACGCCCUUUACACCCUCACUCCGCCCGGUUCCGAGGAGAAGGAGCGAUACCUGAUCACCCUCCCCAACCUGCACAUCGAGUCCCUGAUUUACGGAACUCCAUUUGUUGAGCUCGAGAAGACCGCCAAAAUUGCCAGCAGCAGCGGCUAUGUCUCCAAGAUCGAUUUCUCCGGCAAGGGCUGGUUGAGCGGCAAGAAGAACACCUUCACCGCGAGCCUGUACAAGGCUAGCGAAGGCGAGAAGAAGCCCAUUUACACCAUCGACGGCCAGUGGUCAAACACCUUCACGAUUAAGAAAGCCGGCAAAGUCGUGGACUCCUGGACUGUCGAGGACAACCAGACUACCCCGCUGACUUUGGCCCCGGUUGACGAGCAGGAUCUGUACGAGAGCCGCCGCGCCUGGAAAGAAGUUGCCGAGAACAUCCAAAAGAACGACAUGAACGCUGUCUCCCAUCACAAGUCGCGUAUUGAGAAUGCCCAGCGUGAGCUGCGUCGCGUAGAGAAGACCGAGGACCGCGAGUGGGAGCGUCGCUUCUUCACGCGCUACGAGCCCAAGGAUGAUGACGCCACCAUCCAGGAGCUUGGUCGGUCGCUGGAUCUUUCCCCGGAUCUCGAUGGAGAUCAGACCGGUGGAAUCUGGCGAUUUGAUGCUACCCGUGCUGUUGAUGCCAAGCCACCCUACCACAAGGUUGGACCUGAGGGUCUUGGCCUUUGA